UUCGACACCCCCCAGGAGGCCUUCGGGGCCCUGCGCCCCGCCUGCGUCCGGCUGACCAAGGCCCCGACCGCGGAGAACGCGGAGCGCCUGGGCUCGCGGCUGCGCGCGGUCAGCGCCGCGGCCCUGCAGGAGCUGCAGGAGUACGUCCUCUUCCCGCUGCGGUUCACGCUCAAGGCGCCCGGGCCCAGGCGGGAGCGCGUGCUGCGCAGCGUGGCGCGGAGCCUCGCCUUCGUGCUCUCGGCGACGCGCGUGACGAAGGCGGACCUGCUGCUGGAGCUGCUCUCGGAGCUCUGCGUGUGCCUGGCGCCCCCCGCCAGCCCCCCGCGGCCCGCGCCCUGGUCGGAGGAACUGAAGCGCGAGCUGGCCGAGGCGCUGCUGGCCCUGCUGCGCUCCGCCGGCGGAGAGGCUGUGCCGGCGCUCUACCGGCCCGCCGCCCUUCCCCAGCUGGGCUUCGCGGUGUCCCUGCUCUUGGCGCUCGCGGAGCAGGAGAAAGCCCGGCAGGUUAAGAUGGCCGCCCUGCAGUGCCUGCGGGCUCUCGUCUUGCAGGGUGACUGCCCGGAGCCCCACCGGUCCCUGGACAGGGCGGAGACGAGGCGGCGUGGGGAUCUCUUUGCGUCCUUCCUCCCUGGCAUCUCCGUCGCUCUCUCCAGGAUUAUCACGGGAGAUGCGAAGCAAGGCCAGGCCGUCACUGUCUCGGCCAUCGAGCUCUUCUCUAGGGCUGUCGGUCUGGUGAUGGCGGAUGAACAGCUAGCGCAGGUCCCUCCGGAGAAGGAGACGCCAGUCUUGGAACAGAGUAAAAUAUUGGAACUCAUGGUCCACCGAGGCCCAGACUGGACAAGAAACACUGCAGCCAAACUCUCCAUCCUUAUCAAGAAGGUGGUUGGAUUUGUGUCUGUUCAUCCCCACUGGAAGGUGCGACAGGCGCUGGUGGAAAUGGCUCAACUCCUCAUGACAAAAUGUGGGCGGUCUUUGGUGGACUCCGCUGGCCAGUUGUUAAAAGCCUUAGUUGGCCUCGUAAAUGACGAGAGCCCUGAGGUCCAGCAUCAGAGCGAGAGGGUGCUGCAGGAUAUUGCGGCACAGGAGAGAGUGGCUGGGAAUAGGCUCCUUGCUGACGUGCUGUCCGAGGAUCUUCACUCUCUCGCCACUGCUCUUCCCCGUUUAAUGAACUCCCAGAAUGACCAGGGCAAGAUGGCUACCUUAAACUUGGUCUACGGGUACUUGAAGCUCUUGGGGCCAAAGGUGAACAUGGUUCUCAACUCUACCUCCCACCUUCAGCGUCUGUCCAAAGCAUUGAUGCAAAUCCUGGAGCUGGAUGUGAGGGAUGUGAAGAUUGUGGAGGAAAGGUGCUGCGCCCCAGAAGCUUUUCAGCAGCCCUCUCUGGGCAGUGUCCAGAGGAAGUACUUCCGAUUCUUCACAGAUGACCGAAUUUUUUCCCUCCUGCGGCAGAUUUGCCGGGCUCUAGGUAAUUAUGGGAACCUCUAUUUGCUUGUAGAUCAUUUCAUGGAACUAUACAGAGAAUCAACUGUGUAUCGGAAGCAAGCUGCAAUGGUUAUCAAUGAACUGAUAGCUGGAGCCACAGGGUUGGAGGCCCAGGAAACUUUUCUGAACUCAGAGGAUCUUAUGGGGAUCAUAACUUCUGUACUAGAAGAAUACGUGGACUCAGGAAAUUGGCAUUUGGUCACCAGCCUGGAAGCCCAGGAGUCCAGGGCUGAAUCUGCAGUGGUGGAUUCCAGAUCUCUUGCUAUUCCAUAUGGAGCACCUAACCAACCUCUUCUAUCCUUGGAUCCGGGCCCCACAGUCCGCUGUAUGAAUAGCAACAUUUGGCAGAUCUGCAUCCAACUGGAAGGGAUUGGCAGCUUUGCCUCUGCCCUUGGAAAGGACUUCCAUUUGCUGUUAAUCUCGGCUUUGUACCCUGUUCUGGAAAAGGCAGGGGACAGGACGCUCCUGGUCAGCGAGACGGCAAAAGGGACCAUGGUCAACAUCUGCCAGGCCUGUGGAUAUGUCUCUGUCCCUGAGCUCAUCAAUCAGAAUGCUGAUUACUUGGUGAACGGGAUCUCCUUGCACCUGAGGCACCCAGCCAGUGAGCCCCAUGCCUUGCAGGUCCUGGAAGCCAUGCUCCGACACUCAGAUGCCAGGGUGGUACCAUUGGUGGAGGACCUGGUUGAAGACGUUUUGGCCAGGCUGGAUCAAUGUCACAGUGAACGAGCAUCUUCAUUCCUGGGGGCUCUACGGACCCUGAUGGCCUCACUAGGUUCCUGGUUUGGGCUGGAGCAGCAAACCCAGAAGAAACCAGAAGGUGGUUCUUCCUGCCCAGAGGCACGGAGACCUGUCAACCUGCCCACUGCAGCACAAAUGGAAGAGUUCUUUUUGGCAUACGUUAAGCAGAAGCGGAUUGCAGAGGGGGAUAUUGAGGAUGAGGAAGCGGAGGAGGAAGAGGAGCCUGCUAUGCAGCCCGAAGUGACAGAACAGCCUCUGGAGGCAGAGAGCCCGUUGCCCUUGCAGGCCAAGAUGGCUAAAGACGUAAUGGAGAGGAGCACACACUUACUCCCCAGCAAGAGCCUUGCAGUUCGACUGAAGGUCCUCGAUGUUCUCGAACUCUCUGUGAUGGUGCUUGGGUCACAUGAAAACGUGCUUCUUCCAUUGGUUCAUCAGGCCUGGCCUGCUCUCGUCUGCCGCUUGACUAACGAUGACCCCUUGGCUGUCCUCAGAGCCUUCAAGGUGCUGUGCACUUUGGGAGCCUGCAGUGGGGAUUUCCUAAGGCACCGUUUCUCCAAAGACGUCUUGCCAAAGCUGGCUGCCUCCCUUGUUGCCCAAGCAUCGGGCAGCGCCCAUGCUGGGCCCGUUUACAGCCACACCCUGGCCUUCAAACUGCAGCUGGCUGUGCUCCAGGGCCUCGGAUCACUCUGCCAAGCUCUGGAUCUUGGCGAGAAUGACCUGAAUACAGCAGUGGAUGCCUGCCUGCUCUACCUCAGUGCCAGGCAGCCUGGGAGACUGCAAGAAGCUGCUCGCAGCGUUUUCCUCCACCUGAUGGAGGUCGAUCCGGAUGCCAUCUGGCUCUUCCUCUGCAACGUCUGGUGCCCCUGGAACUUGGAGGCCCCCCACCCCAGCCUGCACCCUGUGAAACUGGGGGGGAGCGAGAAGACGCGGAACGAGUUCACGGACAACGUGCAGCGCCUCUUGGAAGAGCUGUGCGGCUGAGGGAGAGGGAGCGGCCCCUGGCACCGUGCUUGAACUGUGGAGGGGGCGACUGUUUCAUAGGACCAGGGCCGCCACAGAGAAGGGCAGCUUCCAGACUUCCGAGCAUCCGCAGGAGACCCUCCCGGAUUGUCCACACAGGUCCAGUGGAUUCUACCUGGAGUGAAGAGGCUUUUGGACAUCCAGGACCCAAGCCGUGAGGGGUGCUUGUGGGCAGUGCCCGGCGCUGUUGCUGCAGCGGCUUUUGCCCGUGAGCAGUUGGGCAGCUGCGUUUUGCCCCUUUGGGGCUGCAUGAUUCUCUGGUGGGCUUACAGCAAGCCACAAAACGGUGACCUUGCGCUAUCCCUGGCUGGGCCCAGGAUGGAGACGGGGAUCCCACGGUGGCUCCUUUUCCUGGUUUGCGGCAUGUAACGAUUGCUGCGGCUGAUUAAGGUGCAGGUGAGGAUGGGGCUGAGGACUUGCUGCCCUCCUUCUGCCCCAGUGCCAGAGUUUGAGGCGCAGAUGCCAGCAAGUUCAGCCUCGGCUGUAGGUAUCCCGAAACUCUGCAGCCCCAGCUUCAAUUUUGCUGAUGGCAGAGAGAGAGAACUUAAUAUGCAAAGCACCAGCAGAGAAUAAAUAGGCAGUGCGAAAAUGCCAUUUCCCUUUUCUGACCAUUAUGUUGUUUCAGACAAAAGCAAUUUACUCUGCCUGUAAUAAAGCCAAGGUGAUAACGAA